AUGCCGUCGUUAUAUCAUUUACCUGAAAAGUUGAACGGACACCAGUUGCAUCUGAUAUUCGCUCAAAGUUUAAAUCUUGCAGAAAGCGGUAUGUUAGGGAUGAAUUUCGGUAGAUUUAGUAUCGAUCGUUUAAAUUUGGGUGUAGGUUUUGUUCUAUUUGCCCUUGGUUUCACCUUUUGGUUUAUAUCAUGUUAUACACUAUCGCUAUUGGUGUUAAACAUUCGAGGAGAUACAAUGUACCAGAAUUCGGUACAUCAACUUGUAACUUUUCUUAAGUCUGAAAGAGUAGAAAAUUCUAUUAUUGAGAGAGUAGUGGAGCAUUUCCGAUAUUGUUGGAUUAGAACCAAGGGAGUAAACUUACAACAAUUGACUAAUGAACGCAUCGGUGCCGUGUUCGGACAGGAUUUAAGUUAUAAUUUCUAUAAAAAAACUUUUACAAUUCUGGAUUCAAUAAUUGGUGGUGGAGAGAUAGUACAAAGGCAACUGGCCAGUGUCAGUGCUGUUGCUUACUAUUUGCCCAAUCAUGAUAUAUUUAGAGAAAUGGAUGUUUGUCGUUAUAUAUGCAUUGUACACCGGGGAAGAGUCAAUGUUUUCAAAAAUGGCAAGAAAAUCAUUAUUUUGACUAAGGGUGACGUAUUCGGUCAACUGGAAGGUGUUAAAGUACGUCCAGUUCGUGUGACAGCUGUAGCCGAAAAUCAUGUGGAUUUGCUAUUGAUUGAAAUAUCUGCCUUUCAAACUAUCAUCACCGAUGAGAUGCGAUAUAAAAUCAGUAAAAGUAGACAAGCCAAGAAUAAUUUUAUGGCAACUAAAAAUGUUUUCAUUGAAAAUCCUUACGACUCCGUUCCAUACCUUCUACGUGGACGUAAAACUAUAAUUUUACCGAGUCAUAAUGUGCCCAUAGAAGCUAUCGAUGGAUCAUGGUAUUCUCGCUGGCUAUAUUUAGUAUGGUUAAUUAGUCCAUUUUUCUCGAGUAUCACGGUCUUUAUAACCGCAGCUCUUCAUUCAGGUUCUCAAUCAUCGGAGCGAUUACUAAAGUUGCUUGCAAUCACGGAUAUUAUAGGUUGGGUUAACUUUGUAGCCGAGUUUUAUUCUGCUGAACUCAUCGUUGCUAGAAAUAAACUAGCUUACCGUCGUUUUGGUGUAAAGAAAUUCAGGGAUUGGACUAUGCAAAUUUCAGGCAAGUGCAUUGUACGGGAGGGUGACACUUUUAAUACGACGUACUUCAUUCACCAGGGUGAAGUAGAAAAGUGGAUGACCGAUGCUAAGACCUUCAGUAUUUUGGAUACUAUAAUCAAAGGCGGUGAGGCGAUGCAGAGACAGUUGGCUAGCGUCAGUACACAAGCGUUCUUCCUAGGAGGACACGACAUUAUCAGGGAAAACGAUCUCGUAACUUACUUAUGUGUUGUACAUCGUGGGAAAGUCAUAUUAACGAAGAAGAAUAGGAAACUGAUUGUUCUUACAAAGGGUGAUAUAUUUGGUCAGCUACUAGGCACAAGAAAGCGGCCUAUACGUGUGACGGCAACGGCUGAAGACAAAGUCGAUGUUCUGUAUAUUGAGAUAGAUGCAUUUCAAAGCAUUAUCACUGAGGAGUGGAACGAUUUCCCAGUCGAAGAGGGUAAAUUUCCCAUUCCUAUCAGGGAUAUGCGUGAUAUGGUCCGCACUAUUGAUUUCAGUCAAUGGACACAUCCUGACGAUAGAGGCGAAGGGAAAUGCAUUGUAAGAGAAGGAGAUACUUUCAACAUUACUUACUUUAUCCACGAGGGAGAAGUUGAAAAGUGGUACAUCGAUAAAUCGUAA